UUUUCUGGAAGGCUUAUUACCGAUUUGCUCGACCUAAGUGUGCGGACCCAACCGCAUGUCCAAUUUUGGGGCGUGGACGUGAACGAAAGCCGAUAAUUAGGAUUAAACAAAGAAAAAUCAAUAUAAAGUGGCCGAUAUUGUUGUAGUUGCUAUAAAAAGACAAUUUUCUAGCAUUUCCCUUGGCUGCGGAUUUAAUUACGCCUUUGUGAAAAAUUGUGAAAAUCAAAAUGGCGUCAUUGUUGUGUGCGUGGCAAGGCGCUGCCAACCUGCUUUAACAGAAAAACUGAGUAACUUUCACAUUUUGUUUGUACCUAAAGUCAAACUUGGGUUGUAACCAAAACGAGGUAGAGAGACAUUUGUGCUACAAACGUUCAGACAAACGCAUGUUUUCGUAUCAAUACGUCGUAAUAUUUCAUUUUCGGUUUUCUGAGAGUGGACAGCCUUCAGGGCUGCAUUGGCAUAUCGAUUACCGAUAGCCGCGAGCACACGUCCGCAUUUCAUCAGUGCCUGAAAAAGCGCAACGCGUAAAACACGUUUUCUGCAGCUCCAAAACAAAAACAGAACACUCAAGCGGAGGGAUUAUUGGUUUACUGCGAGUUGACAAAAUAAAAUAACAGCAUUUAUUAUAUUCUGGCGCUGCUGCUGGAAUUUGUUUUAUACUCGUUUUAAAAGUGAAUUAUACUAUUGCAGUCCUUGAAAAAGCGAAUUCCUAUGGAAUUACGUAAUCAGUGGAAAUUUAGUAUCUAUUAAGACACCCAUACCAACAAAAGCGAGUGUCGCUGCACACACGCACGAUCCAACACACGCGCACACGUUGCGUAUGGUCACACCUACAAGUGUGGAAGAGAGACGGCCAUACGGAGUUCAGCGUUGCCAGAUACAUUUUUUGUUUUCCACACAAACAAAGAAAAUGCCUCGCAUAGUUCCACUGCAAUUGCUGAGGUGCCUGCGGGUGCUUUUGGACAACAAUGGUGGAAUUUUAAGUGCAGUAGAGGUGAAACGCAUUUCGGGAUUGAUGGCCAAGUAUUCAAAAAAACUCGUCUCGAAAUGUGUGUAUGUACAAAUUCUGAAAUCCACAAAGACGGAACUAUUGGGGGACUUUAUGGCGGUGGGCGGUUGGUCGCUGGUCUACACCUGGCUAAAUGAUGCCAUCAGGGCGAUGAACUGGCCGCUGGUGCAGGAGAUCCUGGAACUACUGCUCCUUUCUCCCGUGGAUGUCAAUCGCCUCAAGAUAAACUCAGCACCUAUUCUGGUCAAGGGUCUGUGCAAGGAUGGCGGCAAUGAAGGUGUACGCAUUCUAGCCAAGCGAUUGGUAGAGCAGUGGCUGAAGAUUGUGACGGAAAACACAAGCAUGACGAUCCAAGGUGCUGCCCCACAAAUUGCAGCCACUACUGCCUCCCAGGUUCCUGCAUCCGUUUCUGGACCUGGCUCCGCUUCAGUUCCGGACUCUGCCUCUUCUUCAGACAGCACUGAUAGCGCCGGAGCACCUGUGACGUAUACCAUCACCUCGGCGGCCAACAGUAGCAAUUCCAACAGCAUUACCAUUAAGUGGAAACCCUUGUUGGACAACCCAGAUGGUGGCGACGAAAAUGUUUCUGGCACAGCAUCGAAGGACAACGAGGAGGAACACCUGGAAAAGGGCUCCUCCGCAACCCACUCAUUAGCCGACGCUAGUCUGGGGAGAAAGUCCGGUUUAGAUGAUAGUAGCUCCGCGGCGGAGGUUAAGUCUGGGGAGGACGUGGAUAAUAAGAAGCAUAAGAGCUCCAAGAGCGACAGAAGUAAACGGUCCGAGAAGGAGCGUGAGAAGGAUAGAAAGAAGGAAAGUUCAACGAGUCAUAGGUCGUCCUCAUCUAGCCAUAAGUCGUCCUCUUCCUCGUCGUCCUCCUCUUCGAAGAGCAGUUCUUCCAAGAGCUCCUCCUCUUCUUCCUCCUCUUCCCAUCGCAGUUCUAGCGAUAAAUACCGCGAUAAAGACAAGGCUCGCUCUAGUUCCGGUUCCUCCAGCUCGAGCAAGGACCGGGAGCGCAGCAGCGGUUCGUCUUCUUCUUCCUCGAAUAAACACAAGUCCUCAAAGUCCUCCUCGUCGUCGUCGUCGUCGAGCAGCUCUGGUUCUAGUUCGUCCAAAGAUCGCAAGUCGUCGUCGUCAACUUCGUCAUCAUCCUCAUCCUCGAAGCAGGACAAGGACAACAAGCUAAUGCCUCCGCCAGCUGUGGCAGCAUCAAAUGCUGCAGGUACAUCUCCUACAGCUUUGGCAAAGGAGAGCGACGCACAGAAGCCCAGAUCGAUUCCUAUCAUGUCCCGCAAGGCCUCCAUUUCGAUAGAGAUUCGCCGGGACACCGAAAAGACGGCCACUGUAAAGACGUACCAGUCCAAAUUCAGAUCGCAUGGCCUGACGGAAGAGGCUCCGCCUCCCCCAUCGCGCAAGGGCCUAAAGAAGCCCACAUCGUCGGCGGUUCCCACUUCUCCCGCUCUAAUGUCAGUGCCGUCUUCACUGAAACGACCAUCGCCGCCGCCCAGGGAUUUGUCCACCGACAAGAAGGCCAAGAUCGACAUCAACAACGUCGCGGGACAUGUGGAGAGGCCCGGAGCCGCCAAGCUGAUAGCGCCCAAAAAGAUUCAAACCCUGGUGGAGACCAACCUGUUCUCGGACGCCCUGGCCGCCUCCAUCGAACCCAAGAAGGUGGUGAAGCGCAAGCGGACGUCUGCAACAUCGCCCACGGACAAGGACGCGCCACUGGCGCCGCUCAAGUUCUACCAGGAUACUCUGGACGAGUCGAAGAGCGAGGAGAAGUCGGACGACAGCAGCAAGGAAAACGAUGAUGCGCGCUCCGGGUCACCCGGCAAGGACACGGAUGCCGAUGACGACGACAUUCCCCUUAAGAGGGUCAAGGAGGACAUCGAGCAGAAGGUGCAAAAGGCGAAGGCUGCGGCAGGAGGAGAAGGCGGAGAAGCGGGUAACACCUCUGACAGCGCUGAAGAUCUUCCCGAGGAGCCCAAGAAGCCUGGGCCUGGCUGUGGACCCGAUGGACCACCGGGAGUGCUCACGCUGCACCGCCGCAAGGGCCCGAAAAAGAAGCUAACCUGGCAGUCAGAGGAUAAGCUCACCCAGGUACGAUACUUCGAGGUCGACCGCUCGGAGCGAGUGAAUGUGAUGAAGCAGACCUUCCUGGAAAUGAAGAACAUGGAGCGAUUCAGCGAGCGGGACGCGCUGACCAUUGCUCGGCGCGGAUUCGACGACACCAUGGAGCCGCAAAUGGAGUGGCGGCCCCUACUCGAAGUCGAUAACGUGCCCGACCACCCGAACGGAAACCUCUCCAAGCAGCGCCAGGUGCAGAUGGACAGGGAGGCCACCACUCUAAGAGCCCUGUACUUCUCGCCCGACAUGAUUCCCGACAGUCCUGCGGAGGCGGAACUGGAGCCGCACUUUGCUCAUGACAUUCCCGUGAUACCCAUGGAUGACUUGACGGGGAAUCCGGAUGCUGUCAACGACUACAGUGCCUUGGCGUGGCCGGAGCCCAAGAAAUACGCGCCUAGCUCGGGAGUCGGAGCAAAUAUCAGCGGAUCGGACAUGGGCUUCAAUGACAAUGUGUUGACCGGACUGGGAGCUGGACCGAACCUAAUGCAAAACCCAUUCGAUCCGUUCAUGGGAGGCAUGCCUGCUCCCACGGGAAUGCCACCCGGACCAAACAUGAUGCCAAAUCAAGUGCCCAACGGAGCACCGCAAAUCUGGCAGAACCAAAUGGGUCCGGGAGGUGGGCCGCCCGGUGUACCGCCCGGUGUACCGCCCAUGAUGAACGGACCCGGUGGCCCCGGAAUGGAUAUGAACAAUAUGAACAUGAACAACAUGCCACCGCAGAACUUUAUGGGCAAUCAGUUUGGAAGUCCAGUGCCCCCAUUCGGAAACGGCCCACCACCUGGAUUCAAUCAGUACCCGCCCAUGAUGAUGAAUGGCCCAGGGCCGGGACCGGUAAUGGGACCCAAUGGUCCAGUGAUGGGACCCAACGGGCCCAUGAUGAACGGCCCACCCAAUGGACCCAUGAUGAACGGGCCGCCCAAUGGAAUGGGACCAGGACUAAUGAUGGGCGGACCCAGGAACAACAACAACAGGAACAAGAACAACGGCGGCGGCAUCUGGCGCAGCGGGGGCAACAACUUCCAGGAGAACUCCGGCGGCAACUGGCGCUCAGCAGGAUCUGGCCCCAAUCGAGGAGGCGGAGGAGGCAAUGGCAACACCGGCGUCUGCAAGCAGUUCAUGCGAGGACACUGCAACAUGGGCAAGAACUGCAAGUACGUGCAUCCGCAGAAGAAGCGCUUGUAGGACCUACCCGAAUCUUCUGCGGAAGAUUCAGCUGCAUAGAUCUCAGACGCGCACGGAGGCCGUGAUUUCCGAAAUCGAGUCCCCACAUGAAGACUGUAUCCAGGUUAGCUGCCGCUAGUUAAUCUAAGUGUAUAUAUGUAUUCGGUAUAUUUUUGUGUAGACGCAGUCUAUCCCUAAGUUUUUAGCCUAAGAUCUGGGUUCAAUCCCCUGCCCCGCUAACUUUAUUAUUAUACAGAUUACCAUAAGGUUAAAUAUUUAUAAGUUCAAAUUUACACAAUUAAAUACAAAGUCAUAUGAUGCAAAGCCAAUGCAGUUGAUUUCUUUAGGGAUUAGAAUUAAAAACCAUACUUUUGAUUUUCAUUAGGCAUGCCCAGUAGGUAUAUUCACAAGAUGUUUGCUGCCGGGUGCUGAAAUCGAUGUCUUCAGGGGGUAUGCCAUCAUCAUGCGGUGCUUGCACUUAACCUGGAACUUUUGUGGCUUCCGUUUCCAGGCCCGCGACCCAGAAUUCACUUUCUACUCGUAUAGUUUCCACAGUCCAGUCUUCGUUUCAGUUACGUGUAUUUCAUCAGCGCGUUCGGUCCGCAAAAUCAUGAAGUCAUUGCUGAAUCGGAUAAUCCUGUGCAGCGCCUUUCUGGCCGUGGCCAGUGGUCUGAGCUUCACGGUGACGUCGCGGAUCUACAUGGAUGUGAAGCACAACAAGAAGCCGGUGGGCAGGAUCACGUUUGGACUCUUCGGGAAGCUGGCACCCAAGACGGUGGCCAACUUCCGGCACAUUUGCUUGCGCGGCAUCAACGGGACCAGCUACGUGGGCUCGCGAUUCCAUCGCGUGGUGGACCGCUUCCUCGUCCAAGGCGGCGACAUCCUGAACGGCGACGGAACUGGCUCCAUUAGCAUCUAUGGAGACUACUUUCCGGACGAGGACAAGGCUCUGGCGGUGGAGCACAACAGACCCGGUUACUUGGGCAUGGCCAAUCGGGGUCCGGACACCAAUGGCUGCCAGUUUUAUGUGACCACCGUGGGCGCCAAGUGGCUGGACGGAAAGCACACCGUAUUCGGCAAGGUGCUGGAGGGAAUGGACACCAUCUAUGCCAUUGAGGAUGU